AUGUCCGUCCAGCUCAACCCAAGCAGCUCUCUUGGCUUCCGACGUCCCCUCACCACCCUCGUCAAGCGCUCGCUGACGAUUACGAAUAAUAACCCCCAGCCGGUAGCCUUCAAGGUCAAGACCACUGCCCCAAAGCUCUACUGCGUGAGGCCCAACUCAGGAAGGGUUGAGCCCGGCGAGAGCGUCGAUGUAUCCGUCAUGCUGCAGGCCCUCAAGGAGGAGCCACCGCUGAACACCAAGUGCAAAGACAAGUUCCUCAUCCAGAGCACCAUCAUCACUCCUGACAAAGAGACCUUGGCGCUACAUGAUAUCUGGGCGAGUCCAGAUGCAAAUGAAGAAGGCAAGGUCUUCCAGCAGAAGCUCCGUGUCACCUACCUGCCCGCAGAGGGCCAGGUCCUCGAGGAGGAGGAGGAGAAUCAAGUUGGAAUGACAUCGACACUUACCGCCAAUGAUUCAAUUUCAGCGCCGGCGACGACAAACGGCCACCAUCCAUUCGCCCUCGACUCCCAAAUCGCCCCCGCCCCGUCACAACUAUUCCAGGAAGAGCAACAACGCUCGUUCACGCCCAUCCCGGAGCCUGUCGACGCUAACGUGUCGCAAGAGACCGCCCAGCCAACUAUCCCUCCAGCCGAUGAGCCCGUUCAUCGUUCGCUAACGCCGCCUCCGCCCCAGCAACCUGAGUCCGACCGUGCUCCGUCCCCUGCAUCUAUCCCUGUUCCAGCACCCGUUACUGUACCGGCCGCUGCGCCUGCGCCCGUCCAACCUGAGCCGAUCUACAUCACGCGCGAGAACCCAGUCAACGAGGAGCUGUACGCGAAAUACAACACGGCGCUGGCGGAGAUUGAGAAACUCCAUGGACAGAUCGCCGCCCUGUCGUCGGAGGUGGCACAGGCGCAGCAACAGAUUCUGCUCUACCAGCAGCAGGCCGUUACGCAGCAGGAGCUCCGCAGGCGCACGAGAAGACUGUCGGACGCGGAUAGCGCGGCGGGAUCGGACGUUCAGACGAUGGUCGAGGAUCCACCGCUUCAGCAAGAGGGUGUGCCGUUGCAGGUUGUCGUUAUCAUCGCGCUGGGGGUGUUCGUUACGACCUAUCUUUUCUUCUAG